GCCAAAAUAAAUAAAUUUCGAAGAAAAUCGUUAAGAAGAAACAUUUUAGUUCGAAAGCCGAAGCUGGCUAUACCCUAUAAGUUCUUGGCCUUUACACUUCCAAAACCUGCCGCAGGAUUCCACGAGCUCUUCCAAAUCUUGAGUUGUGGCAACUUAAAUAUUUGGCGGAGCUUUUGCAACCAACUCGUGCGAAAGCCGAACAGUGCGACCACCAUGUGGUAUUCCACGGAGAGCAACCCAAGGAUAGCCCUCAUCAAACAGGGAUACCAUAUCCUGGCCGAGUACAACCUGGUGAAGGAGGAGCUGAAGAACAUCUACGCGAUCCCCAGUUACGCCUGUGCAUUGCACUGGUUCGGCGUCAUCUUUGUGCACAGUGGCAUCUAUGCGGGCAGCGUGUUUCGCUUCUCCAUUCUGCUGCCGGAGAAUUUUCCGGAUGACGUCAGCCUGCUGACGGUGGUCUUCUCGACGGGGAUCCUACAUCCGCACAUCUGUCCGCAGAAUAGGACCCUGGAUCUGGAGCACUUCCUGAAAGAGUGGCGCAAGGAUCAGCACCACAUCUGGCACGUGCUGCGCUAUAUCCAGGCUAUUUUCGCCGAUCCAGAGGGCAGUAUUUGCACCGGACAAUCCUCUUCGGGGGAUCUUGUGGUCAUGGAUGAGGUCAGAAACAUGGAGGCCUUGAAUAUGUUGGCCCAAAGCCGGCCUGAAUACAUCAAACGUGUCCAGGAGCAAGCAAUCGCCUCGAGAAAUCACAUCUACGACCGACCACUGACGGAUGAUCCGCACUACAUCAUUGUGGAGCCCUAUUGUGCGGAUCGGCAUCUGAAGAUCAUGGACCAACUGAAGAGUCCCUGUUGGAAGGAGGCCACUUCAAUGGACUGCUCCCAGCCGUCGGAGUACCUGGGACACAUCGAUUCCUCGAGGCAGCUCGACGAGGAGGAGGCCAAUCAGUUGGAGAAACUACGUCGCGCGAGGAUUCCGGAACCCCAUCGUGAUGAGGCGGUUGAUUUCCUGUAGCUGAAUGGAGAAGCUACCAUACUCAACUCAUAACUCAUUUUCAUAAAAAAAAAAUUACUUUUGCAUUUUUGAAUAAAGUUCAAUCAUACUUUUAUCGGAUUCCUAUAUUACAUUUA